AUGCUUCAGCGCCUGCCUCUUACGGCGUCUCUAACUGCACUCGAUACUGGAUCGAUAUGUUUGCGAUGUGCCAGGCGGAUAGCGCGACAAAAUGCAACCCUGAGACGACCCUUCUCUAAUGCCGUCCGAGCGAGGCAGGUUGCCAUUGCGAAAGAUGAGGAGGUGGACAAGAGGUUCUUCUGGGCGAAUGCGUUUCAUACCAGCAAGCAGAAAGAGUCAGAAAUAUCAGAGAAAGCACACUCGGUGAGGGAAGGGCUGCGAGAAGCACAGGAUGCCACACCAGCUGCUUCACAGGGGCCAUUGGCCACAGCUAUUGAAGAACCACCACAUCGCCGGCGGAAACGGUUAAAAGCAGCUGCGAUUGUGGACAACACUGUAGAAAAGCCUCUCCCACCAGAUGCGUCGUCGACGCUUUCUCGAGAUGCUGCUGCGGCACCAGCGAAGUCGCUGCGAAGGCUGAUCUCGACAUAUCUCGCCUUGUCCAAGCCACGACUGGCCUUCCUUAUCGUUCUUACGACAACCGCAUCAUAUUCCAUAUAUCCUGUCCCGGCGCUUUUAAGUACAUCGGUCACGGAUGCGCCCUCACUCAGCACGCUCACGCUGCUGUUCCUCACCACUGGAACAUUUUCAUGCAUUGCAUCAGCCAAUGCAUUAAACAUGCUGUUCGAGAUCAAACAUGAUGCGAAUAUGAGCCGGACGAAGAACCGGCCGUUGGUACGAGGGCUUCUCACCAAAAGAGCGGCAAUACUCUUCGCGAUCGCAACAGGGAUAUUUGGCACUGGUCUGCUGUGGUAUGGAGUGAAUCCUACCACUGCAGUUUUGGGAGCCAGCAACAUCGCGCUUUACGGCUUCGCCUAUACAUUUUCCAAGAGAAUCCAUCCUGUCAACACCUGGGUCGGGGCGAUCGUGGGCGCUAUUCCACCCUUAAUGGGCUGGUGUGCUGCGGCAGGGCAGUACAGCUCGACGGAUGCAUCCCUCACAAACCCUGACUCUAUCGCAAAGGAGUUCAAAGAGCUUCUAUUCACAGAACAAGCCAUUGGAGGAUGGCUGAUUGCGGCUCUGCUGUUCGCGUGGCAAUUUCCCCACUUCUUUGCGCUCUCGUACGGCGUGCGGCACGAAUACGCAAAUGCUGGAUACAAGAUGCUUACGUCGUCCAACAUCCCGAUGGCAGCACGCGUUUCGCUUCGUUACAGCUUCGUCAUGUUUCCCAUUUGCGCCGCACUGAGCUACUACGAAGUGACAGAUCCAGCUUUUGUUGCUACGAGCAGCGUGAUCAACGCAUGGAUGCUGCGGGAGGCGGUCAAGAUGUGGAGGCUCAACGGAGAGAAAGGCUCGGCAAGGGCUUUGUUCUGGGCCAGCGUGUGGCAACUGCCUAUUGUGCUGGUACUGGCCAUGGUGCAUAAGAAAGGGCUAUGGGGACGAGUGUAUGCGAGUGUGUUUGGUGAGGGGGAUCUCGACGAAUGGGAGGAAGAGGCAUUGUAG